AUGUAUUUAAAGCUCGAUAAUACAGGGGACAAAUAAAUUAAAUUUACGUCCCAACAAAUUAAAAAAUUAGGUGAACUACCUUUUAAUGACACAUUAGUACAAUUUGUUCAACUUCCUCCUACCCAAUUAUAUCUCCCUUUACACUUCUACAAAUAAUCUCCAUCCCUUCCUCCAUUUUCCAUAUUCCUCAAGCCACCAAACAAACAGAAAAAAAACCCCUAAAAUUAACCGCAAAAUUAACAAUGGCUAGCAGCACCAGCGAAUCCACCCUACAAGUCCUGAACACCAAACAAUCCACACCAGAAUCCGCCAUCAAAGACGAGCGAGCCGGUGCGGAAAUCGUAUACGGCCACGAAGAAUGCCAGAAACGUUCCCUUGAACUACUAACAGAACUAGGGUUUCCUAAAGGGGUUCUGCCAUUAAAGGAUCUGGUAGAGUGUGGAAGGGUUAAAGAAACUGGGUUUGUUUGGAUGAAGCAGAAAUCCCCAUCGGAACAUUAUUUUGAAGGGAGUAAGACUCUUGUAAGUUAUAGUACUGAAGUUACUUCUUAUGUUGAAAAAGGAAGGAUGAAGAAGAUGACUGGGGUUAAGAGUAAACAGUUAUUAAUGUGGAUUACUAUUGUUGAAAUGAGUGUGGAUGAUCCAUGUUCUGGAAAGAUCCAUUUUAAGAGUGUUGUGGGGAUUGGAAAGUCUUUUCCUAUUACUGCUUUUAUGAACGAAGAGGAAAAGGUCAAGUAUUUGGAAGACAAGAAAUCUCAAGAUAAGAUAUAGAAAAUCAAAUUUUAUAUAUUACUCGCUCAAUACUUUUGAAUUUGCUAAUUUUAUAUUUAUAAUAAGUAUUUUAUUUAGGACAAUAUAGCAAAUUCAAGAGAAAAAAAUUAAGUAUAAAGCAUAUAAAAUGAUUUGAGGGUCAAAUAUUAAAGUUUCAGAAUAUAUUAUAUAGUAUAUACCUAUUAUCAUCGUAUCUAUGUUGUAUUUUGAUUGUUCCUUAUAUAUUUAUAUUGUACUUCUCUUAUGUGACUAUGACAUUUCUCAAUUUUCUAA